CGAACCCUCCUGGGAAGCUUAAGGUCCCUCGCGAAACACUCCUCCUUCUCCCAUCUUCCCCGACUCACCCCCUCCCGACCAGUCCCCCGGAAUCUCCGCGCGCUCAUGGCUCCCUUGACCAGGGCCACGGGCCCGGGCGCCCCUGCUGGUUUCACGUCCAUCAACCCCUCCCAACAAUCGACACACGAGGCGGAAAUCAUCGAGAUCGAGGAUGACGACGAUGAAUCAAUGGAAGAUGAAGGCGAUGCCCUGGACCCCAACGACGAUGACGACGAGGAGGAAAUGGAAGACGAUUACGUCGACGAAGACGAGGAGUCGGAGGACGAGUCUGCUGAUGUGAUGAAUGGAAGUGAAUCGCCGCUGGACCUGGGCUUCGCUCCGAAUGGACACAACGGACUAGAUGUCGCAACUCCGGACCUAUUCACCUCGGCGGGCGCGCAGGAGGCAUUGCAUCCCCUUCGCCGCACUGCAGAUCGAGUGACGCGCCAGAUCGAGGCUUUCGCCGAGAAAUUGGACCGUUUCAAACAAAAGGGCAAUCGCUCCGAUGAAUUUGCAAACUACCAAGCUGCCUAUCAAUUGGUGAAGAGCUACCAGACCCUUGCGCAGGACGCCAUCGGCGAUAUCUCGAAACAGAACACAUUGAAGCGGGCCAAAUUGGGGUUGGGUGCUGCUCGAAGCAACGGAACGUCCCUGGAUCCCAAGACCGAAGAGGAGCUUCAGCGACUACAGCUGGAAGCCGACACCUGGCGGCUGCUCCUUAAUCUCAUCAGCAUCGACGAUCCGCCCCGCAGAGCGAGCUGCAAGCAAGCACAAGAAACUGUCUUCCAAAAGCUCCACCGGUACUCGUCCGAUCGCGAAGUUUGGGAACAGUUCUUGUCCGCGGACCAUUAUGCGACAGAAUGCGUCAUCGUCAUGAAGUGGCUGGAACACACAGCAAAGACCACCAGCAAAGACAUGGACUCGCUAAUCACCGAGUUAGAAACACAGGCCGAAAGAGGACAAGGACUGUGGUCGCAUGGCUGGCUUUACACCAAGGAAGCAAUCAAGGGACAAAAGCGACUGCGAGCCUGGCCUCAACCUCUCGAGCCGAACAAUCCGGGAAUCUCCGAUUCGCUUCUGAGCUCGGACAAAUCAGAGCCAUUGGUUACUCAAUUAGAUCCGGACGCCGUUACGCGACAGAAGCACAGCCUGCAGACGCAGGACCAAUUUUACGAGCGCGCUACCUGGAUGACUUGCUGGAAGAUGCUGAGGCACGGAGAGAGUUGGUCCAAGAUCCGGGAGUGGUGCGCAGAGCGGCUGGAACAUUGGCGAGCAGUCAGCAUCUGUGGAUCUAGCGUGGAUGUUGAGGCCCACACGGGCAGGACGCCUGUCGAUGAUGGACACACGCGCAUGAUGAACUGGCGCUCUCAGGAUUCCUGGCGGGCCGCCUGCACUGCUCUGACACGGAGCUCAUAUACGGAGGACUUUGAGCGGGCGGUUUAUUCCUUGCUCUGCGGUGAGACGGAAGCGGCCUUCAAGGUCUGUCAUACCUGGGAUGACUACCUCUACGUCUACUUCAACAGCGUCCUACUCUCCCGCUACCAGGGGUUCUGCAAGCAGUUCCAGCGGAAGCUCAGUCAUUCGCCCACGGCGCCUGUUUCGUUCGUGCCGGAGCCAGCGGGAUACGCCGAUUUGAACAAGUUCGUGCAGUACACUCGAGGCAACGAUCGUGUUGGAAGCGAGGCUCGGAACCCAUACCGCACGAUCCAGGCCGCCAUCUUGGGCAAAGGAUACGACACGUUCUUCUACUCCCUAGCCAACGCCGUGUCCCAGGUCGCGAACAGCCGAUCGGACCAGUCAUCGUUCGUACCUGAUGUGUCGCCGACAUCCGUUGAUGACAGCUUUGUCAUCACGGCUGAAGAUGCUGAUGCAUUGCGGAUUGCCACUCAUCUCUACAUCGUCACUUGUUCCAUUGGAUACGUCCGCGCCGACACUCAGUUCUACAACACCGCUUGCGUGAAUGUGAUUGGGUAUAUCGCUAAUCUGGAGGAAGCCGGCGUCGUGGAUAUCAUCCCUGCCUAUGCGUCCCUUCUCCCUGAAGAAAUGGCGCAGUCCGUUCUGGCUCAAGUCUUGAUCGAAAUUGUGGACCCUAGAGAGAGGAGGCUACUGGUUAGGCUCAUGGAGAAGCAUGGCAUUGAUGUCGAGGCGGUUCUGCAAGCUCAAUGGGAGUGGGUGAGCGCGAGUGUCUCUGCCAUUGACCACACCCGGACGGUCAAGCAGUACCCGAAGGUUGUGACCCGCAAGGAUGGCAACUAUGAAUUGGUGCCCGUGAAGAAGGAUUUCAUCGGCACCGAGGUAUCCGAAAACGACGAACGGGUCAUUCGUAGUCUCGAGUGGCUUCGCUACGUCGAUGGACAGUGGGGUCGGAUCUGUCAGCUGGGAGCUCUGUUGUACCGGAAAUUCUAUACUUCGGGCAGACUCUCUGCAGCACGGGAGUUGAGUCGGCGGAUGAGACUUUCGGACCUCUCGCGAGAAGCGUUCGGGUUUGAUAUUUCUGAAUUCACCCUUGAAAUCGAGGCUGGGCAAGAGAUCAACACCCCGGAACCUUCCAGUCCAAGCAAAUCCAGGCUGGUCAGCUCUCCUCACAAGCGUUCUCGGUCGAAAACCAACGGGGUUGCGUCGGGUAGCCAGACCAGCAUCUUGUUACAGCAAUCGCAGACCAUGCGUGACCUGGAAGUGCUGAUCUUGGCAUUUGCCGCGCUGGAGAAGUUCGCCAUCGUGUUUGAGAAACUUGAAAAGACUAAACGCCGGCGGGAUUCCGGCACUCUCAAGAAUUUGAGGGAAGAGCUGCAGGAUGCAUUGGACGACAGCAGCCUCCACAUUGAUGCUAUGUUAGAUGAGUGGCUAGUCAACUACGAGAAUGACGCGGACCAGGCGGAAUUGGAAGAGAUUCGAAACACCUACCUUCCGGAGUUGUUCCUCGACUACCACAGUGCGAUGUACUACUCGGCGCAUGUGCUCAGUAGCGAGCUCCUGGUGCAAUGCAUGAACCUGGCCACCCAGGUGGCUGAGGUGGAGCACCUGACGAGCAGCUUUGUUGCAUCCCGGCGGGUCGGGGAGUUGGUGAAUGCGCUGGCACUGUCCAGCAAAGCCAUGGUCAACACUCGUGCCAAACCGGGCGUGAGACUUCUGGGGGGCGAGUCGUUGGGGAUCUGGACCGCCGAGGCGCCCGAAGAGGAGAAUGACACGACGCCGGCGCAAUGAAGUGUAUUUUGACGAAGGAUAAACCGGCGUGUAUAUUACCCUCAUAUUUCUCAUUUUUCUACGAUAUUCCGAAUCACUUCUGGCCGGAAGGAUUCCGGGGAUUUUUGCAUGUGACAGGCUCGGAGGGAUCAUUUCCGGCGCAUUUCCAGGGAUUACCUCGACAUGAAAAUGAACAAGAGAUCUUUACGUUUGGACUUUUGAAUCAGGGACAAUUGGUGGGGUGUGGCUGGACUUUGCAAUUGCGGUGUGGGCACUGCAUCCCGGAUAUCUACGUUGCCUGCAGAUAAACUUGCUGCUCUGCCCAGCACUGCCUCAUUGACAUAGAGGCAGCUAGUACGGAGUACUCCGUAAGACACGGUGCAAUAGGAUAAGCAGAGACUAUCGAUAUUAGUUCUAUACUACUUGUCACAGCCAAUGGCUAUCUUGAU